UCUUUGUCUUGUGACUAUUUUAUUUCAAAAUACCUAAAAAAAUAUUUUGAUAAAAAUGUAAUCCUAACGCUAUCAUAACAUGUGAAAUCGUUAAACAUCUUUAAGGACAUGUAUUGGUUUCAAUUGUGUACAAAAUGGAGUAAGAAUGGAGUUAUAAAUAUGAAAUCAAUGAAAUCAAGGUCUAAAAAUGUUGUCAGCUUAUGCGAGGUUUAUUGUCCGUUACUCCUACUUUUUACUGUUCAUAAUCGUAGCUACUUCCACUGUCCUCACCGUAAUACCUCUGGUUUGUCACGAACUUCCUUCAUUUUCCGACCCAAUAGUUGGCUUCGAAACGAGAGGUACAAUGCUAGCGCACCGUUUCAUAGCCUGGGAAAACCUUAUUGAGGAGACAAGGCCCUCUAGAAGGCUCGCUGUCAAUCCUAAAGAAAUAGAAGAUCAAAUUCGAAUGAAUGAAUCUUACCUUAAUAGAGACAAAACUAGAUCUGGUCGGAAACAUCCCCGAAAACAACAUAAAAAGAAAAAAAAUUAUAACAACACAGGAUUCGCCACAACAUUUUACACAUCGCCAGACACAAAUGUAACCCUCAACCAUGUUCAUUGGGGAUUUGGAAAAAAUGUUUCAUAUGAAGAUGAAAAUGCAGUUUAUCUUAAAAACCAUACAAGGAAACAGUGGAAGUCACUUAAAAACAUGCAGCGUACACCUGAUAACUUUCAUCACAAUUAUGCUUCUGGAACAUGUGGGUCACCAGUAGUAGACUAUGCUCACUUGGUAAUUACAUCAACUGACAAUAAAUCAAUGCUUUCUUUUGAAAACGUACAAAAGGUUUGCCAAUUGCAGACCCUUCUUAUUGAGCUUGCUGAAGAUGACUUUUAUAAUCUAUGUCAAAGAUCAUUCCACUCAGAAGAAAUAUGCUGCCCUAUAUGGAGUGUCCCUAACUACAUAGCUUUAAUAUCUGGUAAGAAUUCUUGUGAAAAUUUAACUAAAGAUGAUGUUACUUAUGUUGUAAAUAUAUUAAAGAAAUGUGCAGGCUAUUUUCAUAACUUUACACUGAUGGCAUCUUGUGAAUUGAAUCGCUGUCAAGUGCCAAAAUAUUGCUCCCAGUAUGAUGCAGUAUAUAACUUAUUAUUCUAUAUCAUUGAUGCCUAUGCAUUCUCUCCUCCACAAUUCACAGAGUCAUUUGUUAAAAAUGUUAUGAUAUUUCUACCUUUGCCCACUAGUAGGACUAGUCUGCCAUAUUAUUUGAAAUUGCAAGAAUCAAAUAUGUCUUAUGAUACUCUCACUAUCCCAGCUAUGGAUUUUGGAUUAAAAAAUGCUCUUUUUGACCUAUGGAUUAUUGAAGAUGCUUGGCUAAUAGGUCUAGGAAGUAUCUUUGUAUUUCUAUGUGUUUGGAUUUAUACCAAAUCUUUGAUUCUUACUUUAUUGUUGUUUACAGCAAUUACAUAUUCACUUGGUGUGGCAUAUUUCUUUUAUGUGUAUGUAUUCAAUCUGGACUUUUUUCCUUUCAUGAAUUUGUUAGUUGUUGUGAUUGUAAUAGGGAUUGGGGCAGAUGAUGCAUUUCUCUAUGUUAAAGUUUGGAAAAUGAUAAGUAAGCAGUUAAUAAGGGACAAUGUUGUUAGUGUAGAUAAUGGGUUAACUGAUAUUAAAAAUGUUACUAGUGCAGGUGAGACUAUACUUGUGCAAAUACUUGAAGUAACUUUGAAACAUUCAGUUAACGCUAUCUUUAUUACAACUUUGACAACUGCUGUUGCAUUUUAUGCUUCUUAUGUCAGUUACAUUCCAGCCAUUAACUGUUUUAGUGUUUUUGCUGGCACUGCAGUUUUAGUGAACUUUCUACUCAUGGUGACUUGGUUGCCAGUAUCAGUAUUUAUAUUAGAUGUUAAAUUAUCUGUAAGUAGUUGGAAAACAUUAGGUGCAAUUAGUAAAGCUGUUAAUGAGAUUGGGGAAGAUAUCAGUGUUAUAUUAAAUCGAUUUAUUGUCACUUGUAUAAUGAGGCUGCAUACAGGUUUUGUAGUAAUUUUGGGUGCUAUUGGAGUCUACAGUAUAGUUGUAGUAUUUUACUAUCCUGGACUUCAACUACCUGAUUCGAAACAGUUUCAACUUUUUCAAACAUUGCAUCCCUUUGAGCAGUAUGAUAUGAACUACAGAGAUAAGUUUCUAUUUGAAAGAUUUGGCCAUGACAUAGGAACUGGCAGUAAAAUGCCUCUAAGGUGGAUAUGGGGUAUUAAAGCUAUUGACAAUGGUAAUCACAUGGAUCCAUUUUCUAAGGGUAAACUAAUUUUUGAUGACAAAUUUAAUAUAUCAAAUCCAAAAUCACAGUCAUGGCUGCUGGAAUUCUGUUCUAAAAUUAAAAGUCAACCAUUUUAUCAGCAAACAUUAGGUCCUCUAUUACCUAACUGUUUUAUUGAAAGCUUCAAAAUGUUUAUGAGCAGAAAAUGCAUUGAUAGUAUUGACAAGAUAAAUAGAACACCAUGUUGUGAGUCAUCCAAAUUCCCAUAUAAAAAAGAAGUAUUUGAUUUUUGCAUAAUAAAAGCAAUGGAGUCCUUGUAUCAAACACCCCGCCAAAUUUUUAUGCCAGGUGUGGCAGGGCCUAAAUUUUCAAGGAGUGCUUACCCCCCUGUUGUAUCUGUUAUAGUAAUAGAAUUUGAAAGUGUCAUCCCCUAUUCUAUGUCCUACAAGUCAAUGGACGAUUUUUUUGUUCAAGUAGAAAAUUGGACUAAAAAAGAGUUGGAAAAUGCACCUCCAGGGCUUAAGUGUGGCUGGUUCCUCUCUGAUUUGCAAUUUUACGAUCUUCAAGCAACUUUAGCAAGUGGGACACUUCUGGCUUUGUUCUUAUCUGCUGGUUUAGGAUUCAUAGUUCUUAUACCAUCAACAUAUAAUUUUACUGUUAGUGUCUGCUCUCUUUUAGCCAUAAUCUUUUCUUCAACUGUAACAAUAGCUGCACUUGUUUUGAACAAUUGGAAAUUAAAUAUAUUAGAAAGUGUAGCAAUAUCUACAUCGGCAGGGUUAGCCGUAGAUUUUAGCCUGCAUUAUGCUCUAAGUUUUACAAAUGCAUGUGGCACAAAAACUACUAGAGUUAAGAGUGCACUUUCAACUUCAUCAGGCCCAACUGCUGCGGCUGCAUUGACAACAGGUUUUGCGGGAAUAUUUUUAUUACGCUCAAAUCUUCUUCCUUAUUCUCAAAUUGGGACAUUCUUGGCUUUAAUUAUGUCUGUAAGUUGGAUAUAUGCAACUUUCUUCCUUUGUUCUUUACUGCAAAUAUUUGGAGGUAGUUCUUCAAAAGAAUUAAACUCAACAGAAGAUAGAAAAUCUCUGUCUCGGGUAAGUUCUGUUUGUUCUGCUGUCCCUAAUUUGGAAAGUCAUGAGCUAGAACAGUUAGCAGACAGUAAUAGGACAAAUAUUACCUCCCAAAGUCCUUCCAGUAUGAGCGCAUCAACUGUCGUUAUUCAUGACGAUUUUGACAAUUCGUUGAGUAGAAUUGAAAAAAAUCCUAGUGACAUAAAUAACGAAUGACUGAAUGUUUAAACUUUAGUAGGUACUUAGUUAUUUAAGAAGAGCUAAUGCUCAUUUUUGAAGUAUUAUUUUUUAGUAACCCAUCAGUAUUAAGACGUAAGAUGUAUUUUUUUGUAUUGCUCCUUUUUUCGAUCUGUAAUUUAUUAGCUUGUAAAUUUUCAGUAUUGUCAAUACUAUUUUAAAAUAUAUUUUGGAAGUCAGGAUUAUAUAAAAGAUUAUUGUGACAAUAAUUAUCAUCUACUAGUUUCACACGACAAUACAAGAUCUAAACGAGCUUGGAUACUGUUAAUGUAUUUUAUUAAGUUGCUUGUUUCUAAUGAUCGGUAUUUGUUUUGACACACAUGAACGCUUAUUAAUUAUUUCAAGUGUCAUUGAUGUUAAGGGAAUUCAAGUCAAUUUUUCCCUUGUAAAAAGUUGUUAUAAGGUAAUUCUUUAGAUAAUUGUCUAUGUCUGUAGGUACAUGUAUAAGUAUGUAUUUAAUUCCAUUUUAUAUAUUGACACAAUAUAGAUAUAUUGUAACUAAUUGGAUAGGAAUAUAAAUGUUUUAAUUAUACUAUAUCUUACUGAGGUGGGCUAAACUGUUGUAAUUUUUUCCAUGAUUCAUAUUAUGUUUUUCUAACUGUUGUUUUGAAGCUAUAUUGAAUAUAUGUGGUAAAUUUAAAUCAAAAUUCAUGUUCUUCCGUUAAUUUAGCAUUACAACUUUUUAAAAAUGAAUUUAAAAAUAACAUGUCUAAAAACCACAUUUAAUCAUAUAUAAGAAUUCUGUAGAAAUACAUAAAAAUACUAUAGUUUAAAUACUGUAUAAUGUGUUUUAUCAGUAAUAAAAUAUAUUAUUAUAUGUUGUAUAAUGUAUUGUAUGUUAGUUUUAACGCCCACCUCUGUUAAUAUUAUGUGUAACAAGUCUCUAACUGGAAUUUGUACCUACCUACUGCUCAGGAACUAUUUUGUUGGUGUGCACUAGGAUAAUGAUUUGGGUUUUUUAAUCUAUCAGAGAUAGGCUCACCCAGAAUACCAACAUUCUAAAAAUGCUUAUAAAGUAGGUAGGUAGAUAAUUCAUGUUCCUAAUUUUUUUGCCAUAGCAAUGGAUGUAUUACUAUGCCAGUGUAUGAAUCUCUUCACGUGAGAACGAAACAAAAAUCACUCGAAUGUACUGUAGCAUAGCAACAAAAUAUUUUUGUUAAAAUUAUACUGUGCCAUAAAAAGUAAGAUCGUUAAAUCAUUAUAUCGGCCGAAUACUGAAACGUUUAAGAUAUACCAAUUUUUAAGAAAUUACAUAAUAUUAUAAUGUUUCUUUUGUACCUACAACACGCCAUACGUUUUGUCGUUGAAAGUCCCAUAUGUACGCGCGUUAAUAACAUUGUUCAAUACGUCAUAGUUAGUAUUAUUUUGCUUAUUUACUUUCCUUCCAAGGCUAUCGGUAAGUGAUGUCGAUGCCCGAAUCCGUUGUAUGUACAUAAAAUCUCUGAUGUAGACCCAAUUCAUAAAUCUAAAAAUAGAGCCAUUCAAUUAAUUGUUCUCUUUGUGAAAGGAAAGCACUAUUUUUUGGUUAUAUGUAUAUUGUAUUUUGACUGCCGAAUGGCCUGCGGCCCUGCUUUCUGAGCCAAAGGCUGUGAGUUCGAUUCUGGAAAAUG